AUGUCACAUAACAACGACGUUGAAUCACUCACCGAAACACCCCCCUUCACCUUCAACGACGCAGUGCAAAGCAUCCGCAGUGGCGCCUCUGUGGAAAGCGCAACAACCCGCCUCCAAGCCCAACUAACCCCGCAAGAACGCCUCGCCCUCCUCGAUGGCGACAUCGACUUCUUCACGGGCAUCGCGGCCAUGAUGGAGCACGGCUACAACGUAACGCCCUACACCCACGGCUGCAUCCCCCGGCUCGCCAUCACAGGAACUCGCUUCACCGACGGUCCGCGAGGCUGCGUGAUGGGGGCAUCCACCGCCUUGACCGUCGCGAUGGCGCGCGGAGCGACGUGGGAUACUGGUCUCGAGGAGAAAGUCGGGAGGGCGAUUGGCCUGGAAGCGCGAGCGCAGGGCGCGAACUACUUCGGAGGCGUGUGCGUGAAUCUACCUCGCCAUCCGGCUUGGGGACGCAUCCAGGAGACGUACGGCGAGGAGCCUUUACAGCUGGGAUCGUUCGGCGCGGCGCUGACGAAGGGCGUGCAGGAGAAUGUGAUGGCGUGCGUGAAGCACUACGCUCUGAAUUCGAUCGAGAACGCUAGGUUCCAGGUCGACGUGCGGAUCGACGAGGGCGUGCUGCGGGAGACGUAUCUGGCGCAUUUCCGGCAGAUUGUCGAGGCGGGCGUGGCGAGUGUGAUGGCGUCGUAUAAUUCUGUGAAUGACGAGUGGGCGGGUCAGAAUGGGCAUUUGCUGUUGGAGGUUUUGAGGGAGGAGUGGGGGUUUGAGGGGUUUGGAUGGGGGGCGCUUUCGGUCAAGAAUGGUGUGGAUAUUGAGGCGCCGUUUCGCAAUUUGAGGAGUCGGUCGAUACCGCAGGCUCUGGAGGAUGGGCGGUUGGCUUGGUCUGAUGUUGAUCGGGCGGGUAAGGCUAUAUUGCAGACACACCUGAAGUUCCUUGCAUCUCGCAACUCUCCGGAGCCUUCGAUGGAUGUGGUCUUCUCUCUGGAACAUCGACGGCUAGCCCGCGAGGUUGCGAACCGGUCCAUUGUGCUUUUGAAGAAUGAAGGAAACCGGCCUGUCUUGCCGCUGGACCAGUCGAAGCUUGAGAGCCUUGCCAUCGUUGGACGAUUAGCAGACACGCCGAAUACUGGGGAUAAAGGCUCUUCUGCUGUUCGUUCGCCGGAAGUCAGUACACCCUACCAGGGGUUCAAAGCCGCGCUUCCAAAGACAGCAAUGGCCCUUGACACCUCUGAUGAGGUUGAGAAAGCAGUCGAAGUCGCCUCCCAUGCAGACGCGGCCAUCGUUAUCGUCGGAUACGACUACAGGGACGAAGGUGAAUACAUCAUGCCGAGCAUAGAAUCCAAUCCAGAGCUUGUGAAGCUCUUACCGCCACCUGAUGAUUCACCAGCUGCUCGGAGGGCACUUGAACUCCGCCAACUCCGCGAGUCCACCAAGGAAAAGGAACUUGGAGAAGGGGCCACGGGUAUGGGCAAGGGAGGCGAUCGCGAGAGCUUCCGUCUACGGCCUCGAGAUGUGGAGAUCAUCCAGGCCGUAGCCAAGGUGAACCGCAAGGUCAUCGUCUGCGUGAUCGCCGCCGGUGCGGUGCUGAUGGAUGAAUGGAAGAAUGAUGUACGAGCUAUCCUGAUCGGCUGGUACUCUGGUUGCGAGGGAGGCCAUGCCCUGGCUGAUGUGGUCCUGGGACGGACGAAUGUCAGUGGAAGGCUUCCAUUCUCGAUCCCUUCGUCGGAGGAGUAUCUUCCCUUCUUUGACCGCGAUGCCAAAAGUAUCACCUACGACGAGUGGCAUGGCCAGCGUCUUCUCGAUCGACUGCAGGUACCGGCCGCUUUCCCGUUGGGCUACCGGAUGAGCUAUACCAUGUUCCGACUGCAUCGGGCUUCCAUCAGUGGUGGAGCCACCGUGGAGACACCAGUGAUAACCGCAAUCGUGUCGAAUACCGGAUCCCGGCGUGGCAGAUAUGUCAUUCAAGUCUAUGGGUCAUGUCCCGCACCCAGCAACCCUGCUCCACGAGUCCUGAUUGGAUUCUCAACCCUCGAUCUCGAGGCGAAGAGUGAGCCAACACCGGCACGGGUCGAGCUCUCGUUGAGAGGCAUCCAGCGUUGGCGAAACGGUGCUUUUUUAUUCCCCGGUCCAAUAGCUAGCAUCGAAGUCGGCGCCUACGCAGGGGAUCCUGAGAGAGCUGUGCUUCAGCAUCAUGUAGGUGACCCGAUGGCGAAGAUUUGA